ACUUGUAGUGCGUGCAAACGACGCAUGCCUAGUUCAUAAAGUAUACGUCAUAAACGACUAUAAAAUGAAUGAUAAAACAUUCAGUCGUCAAUCUGCCGCACUGAAUUGUUUAUUUAUCAGUAACUAAACAUUAUCAAACAAAAUAUUUUCGUUUAAAGUGUGUGUUUACACAGUUUAUAAAGAAACCUUACACUUAAACCAACAUUUAAUUCUUAAAAUGCCUGACGGAAGUUAUUCGGUUCCAUGCAAGUUAUUUAUUUAUGACGAGACGAAAAACAUAAUACAGUUUAAAGAUCUGUUAAAAAACGUGGAAAAUAAUUAUUUGGACAAUAAACAACGAGUAUUAGAAAUCACUGCAGAUAAUUCCAAUGGAUACUCAAUUAUAUUCAAGAACAUCAAUGCAAAAAUAAUUGGUGUAGACCAACAUACUCAACGGUACAGUUGUUAUGAAAAGGAAGAAGAUACACAAGUUCCCCAAGUUUCCAUUAAAAAUGAUGUUACUACACCGAUUAAAAUGUAUCAAAACAGUUAUCAUGACGCAGCUCACGUUGAACCGCAACCAUUUAUUUCAACUCCGAAUAUUUACACUCCCCUUUUAAAACCAGAGAUUGAAAGCGAAGGAAUAUCAACUAUAGAACAUUACAAUGCACCCGAAAACAUGGAAAUUACGUACAUGCAUUCCAAAAUUGUUUUCCAACUCACCGAUUCAACUUAUAUCACCUUCCCAAUAAAUAUUAUGCCUAAUAUGGUAGCUGAAUUCUUAGAUGUUCUCAAUGAUGACAAUUCCAUAAUGAUGAUAAUAUCGUCAUUUAAUCAUAAAAAUGCAUCGAUUGCUUACCAUCCAGAAUACACCAUGAUUUUACAAAAAUCAGAAUUAAAUCUAAAUGACAAUAAGGAACUUUUAGCGUUUAAAAGCAAAGAGGAAUGGUUCGAAAAGCAAAUGUUAAUCAUGAGCACUACAAAUUAUCAAAACAAAAAAGUGGAUGUUGCAGCAGGUUUUAAUUCAGUUGAUGGUAAAGGUCUCAAAGUUAAAUAUAUUGAUGAUAACAUCACUCAUUUUGAUAAUAAAGAUGGCAUUCAGAACGGUGGCCAACCAGAAAACUGUUCAUCUGGACGUAACAACAAUGAAGAACUAUUGUUGUUGACUUCAACGGAUGAACCAACGAUGAAUAACCAUGUAAAAGUUAGAAUUGAAAAUGAUGAAUAUCAGAAAUUAUCCACGCCAAACAUUCAGUUGCCUGCGGUGUGCAAGUAUUGGAAACCUAUUUUGUGUGUAUUACUACAAGCUUCCCUCGUAUGCUAUUUCCUUUUAAGUAAGACUUUGAUGGGGACUGGAUGAAUAAAAGUUAUUAAUGCUUUAAUAACAUUAACAAAUAACAAAGAAAAUGUAGAGGAAGAAAAAAAAUACUAAAAACUGUGAAAAGAUAAAAUAAUAUGAUUGAUCAGCUGUUAGAAUAAAAGUGGAUGGAUUUAAAUACAGAUUGCAGAGAAAAUAAAAAAUCAAGUAAUUUUUCAAUGUAGACUGCGUUAUGUAUUUUACAAACCAUGAAAGUAGAUAAAGGUGAUAAUAUAUUGACAAUAGUAUAAAGUAAUAGUAUAAUAAGAGUAUAAAGAGAUAGAAAAUGUACGACGAGUCAGUUAUGUAGGAAAUAACCAGUUGAAACAACAAAAAAAAUUGUAAUAAAUAAUCAGAUACCUUGUGGAUGUAAUAUCAGAUUUUAUUGUAGAUAACACAUACAAAAACACGAAAGAAUUUAAACUGAAUGUAAGAAGAAGCAUCACUUUAAUUUUCACUAUAGUUAGAUUUUGUUAGCUAUAUUUGUGCAAAGAUUUAAAAUAUAAGACAAAUAAAUCAUUAUCAAGAUUGA